CCCCAGUCCACUUGAGUCAAGACAUAAUCCCCACCAGGCCAGACCCUUCUAUUGUUCUUUGAUUUGACCUCAAACUUCCAAGACUUUGGCUUCAGAAAGGCAGAUUCCAAGUUGUGCAAACCUUUUUUUGUUCACGAUGCAUUUCUGUUAGUGGUGACGUCAAGUACAACGGCUGCGGCGACAAGAGAGACAACACUUUACAGCUAUCAUUGAUACCUACGGCUAUUCAUUCAUUGCGCGCCAACAUACGGUAUUGUAUAUCGAACCUGUGAGGCCCGUCGCAUCGCGAUUGUUCCAACAAAGCCCACCUAUCCACACCAGCAAGUGACGGCUAUAGCAAGCAAAGAUGGCGUCCAAUAACAGCAAGAAAGCCGCUGCCGAAUGCAUCUCGGAUGAUGCCCUCAUCCACUUGAAAUCGUACAAAUACUCAGCCGUCGACAAGUCGCCCAUAUCCCAAUACAUCCUGCGGCCUUACUGGAACGCCUUUGUCGAGCUCAUGCCAUUAUGGCUGGCACCCAACAUGGUGACCCUCAUUGGGUUCUUCUUCAUCCUAGGCAAUAUUGGUCUGCUGGUGAUAUUCAUGCCAGACCUGGUGGGGCCGGGCCCGUCAUGGCUGUACCUUAGCUUUGCCUUCGGCCUGUUUAUGUACCAGACGAUGGACAACAUCGACGGCAAGCAAGCACGACGAACGGGAACAUCGAGCGGACUCGGCGAGUUGUUCGACCACGGAAUCGAUUCUUUGAAUUGCACGCUUGCCAGCUUGUUGGAGACGGCGGCGAUGGCUUUGGGUACCUCCAAAUCGGGCGUAUUCACUGCCCUCGUGCCCUGUCUUCCCAUGUUCUUUUCCACCUGGGAAACAUACCACACGCACACGCUGUACCUGGGCUACUUCAAUGGACCCACAGAGGGACUCCUGAUCGCAUGUGCCGUAAUGGCGCUCUCCGGGAUCUAUGGGCCCGGCAUUUGGACCGAACGCAUCGUGGAUCUCGCUGGCUCAAAGAACCUUCUUGGCUACGAUCAUUUGGUUGGCGAAUACUCGAUUCGGGACAUCUGGAUUGUCAUUGUUGCCGGCGCUUUUCUCAUUGGACACGCGCCGUUUUGUGUCUACAACGUUGUCAAAGCCCGCAGAAAGGACAGACUCCCCGUCCUCCCAGUAUUUCUCGAAUGGAUCCCCAUGGCCGUCUACAGCUUCUCCAUUGCGGCUUGGCUGUACUCGCCCUACACGACGCUGCGAAGUGAGAAUCACCUGGUCCUUUUCUGCCUGACCAUGUCGUUCGUUUUCGGUCGCUUGACGACCAAGAUGAUCCUCGCACAUCUGACGAGGCAACCGUUCCCUUACUGGACCGUCAUGCUGAUCCCGCUCGUCGGUGGCGCGGUGCUAGGCAACCUUCCACGACUUGGUCUUGCACCUAUAUCGGCCGAGAUGGAGCUCUGGUACCUCAGAGCGUAUUUUGUCUUUUCCAUGGUGGUCUACUUCCGCUGGGCGUACCUGGUCACGACGAGUAUAUGCAACUUCCUCGGCAUCAACGCCCUGACAAUCCCGCACGAGAAACAGGUGGAGAAUAAGAGGAAAUUGCAACUCGCGGCCAAUGGUGCUGCCAAUGGCACAGCGAACGGAAAGAAGGAGCUUUAGGCCGCGCUGGCUUUGCGCAUAGAAUUGUCCGAUAACGUAGGAACGAGGUCAGAUGGUAGGGGCCCUUUUUAUGGAGCGACAUGAGCACUUGUUUGGCCCAAGACCAGUGUUUCGGGCAGCAUUUAUCGGGCGGCUAAAAACUUCUGUAAGGUUCUGGAGACUUUCUUGUGGCCGGCUCAAAGUGGCCAGGCCGGUGGAUUGGUGUAAUAACAGUAAAUCUUUCAGGCAUUGGCUACAACAGAGGCAGAGAGGUAUCAUUCGCAUGCAGGAGUUGCAAACACGGAGUAUUCGCAUUAACCAAGGCGUCAGGAAAAGGGAUGUAACAAAUCAGGAGU